GGUUUCCCAUGCCAUGCAUCUAUCACGCGGCUGCCCACGGAAUUGGAGGAGUUUGACUUUGGCCUAACCACUCAUGCCAGCAUUGAACUCUCUGGGGUUCUCCUGCGUUAACAAUGUCAAACGCAGCACCCAUACCAAACAUACGCCAUGAAUUAGAUACUCCUUCCCUUUCCCUUGGGUAUAUAUAAAUAUAUUCUAUGGCUGGCCUCAAACAAAUGAGAGAGAGAGAGAGAGCUGAGAGCUCUGGCUGCUACCUACUCGACCGUUCCCACGUCACUCCUCGCUCCCACCGUCCCACGUCUCCACCACCACCUCCUCCUCCUCCUCCGCCUCUUCAUAUUUUUCUCCCCCUCAUCAUCACAUCACCGUCGUCACGCGCGCGCACCAGCCACCGCCGACCAGGCACGCACCACGCAUUUCGUUCUCUCCACCACACCGCACAUUCCUCCGGCCGCUGGUGGUACUGAUCGUGCUCGCCAUUGUCCGCCCCGUCUCGUCGCAGCUCCUCCAGCCGCCGCCCGGCGCCGCCGUCUCCAGUGCAUUCUCACCACCGUCGCCACCACUCAUGGACGCUGGCGGCGGCGGAGGCGGAGGAGGAGGAGGAGGGGGUAGGUUUACCCUCACCACCUCGCUCCUCUUCGUCGGUCUGAUCGUCGCGCUCUUCGUGCUCGGCUUCUUCUCGUCCUUCCUCCGCCGCUGCUCCGGAGCCGACACGAACACGGCGCGCCGCGGCGGAGCCGCCCUCGCCGCCAACGCCGCCGUCGCGGCGGCGGCCGCCGCCGCGUUCGCGUCCGCCGGCGGGAGGAGGCGCGCCGCGGGGGCGGGGCUGGACGCCGCCGCGAUGGAGGCGCUGCCGGUGCUCACGUACGCGACGGCGCGGGCGGUGAAGGCCGGGCGCGGCGCGCUCGAGUGCGCCGUCUGCCUCUCCGCGUUCGACGACGCCGGCGAGAAGCUCCGCCUCCUCCCCGGGUGCUGCCACGUGUUCCACGCCGCGUGCAUCGACGCGUGGCUGGCCGCGCACGUCACCUGCCCCGUCUGCCGCGCCGACCUCUCCGACCCGGCCGUCGCCGACGCCGGCCACGUCCUGGCCGCUGACCUCGCUGCCCAGGCGGACGCGGGCGCGCCCACCGCCGACACGGUUGUCAUUGUCAACGUGGUCGACGGGUCAACUCCUCCAGCUGCAGGAGCAGGAGCAGGAGCAGGACACGGCACCACGUCGUCGGACGAGGAGCAGCAGGCGGAGGAGACGGCCGAGGAGCGGGUGGACCGCUUCACGCUGCGGCUGCCGGAGCGGCUCAGACGGGAGAUCGACGAGGCCAAGCGCCUCCGCAGGGCACUGAGCGCGGUGACCGCGUCGUCGACGGCGCUACCGACCUGCGGCGGGCCGUUGGCGUCGUCGGCAGCGCUGCGCACAAUGUCGGCGGCUCGCCCACUGCCGAGCCGGCGAUGGUCGGGGUUGUUCCGGGCGUUGUCGGGAUCGUCUCGACGGAUGACGAGUGAGCCGGACGGCGGCUAUCGGAGGGUGGUGCCGCUGCCUACCACCGGUACCGGCGACGGGGAGGUGGAGGUGGUGGUGGUGCGAGACGAGGUGGACAAGUACUACGCGCACAGCCUCACGUUCGCUGGCUUCGUCAUCGACGGCGACGUGGCGGCUGGCGACUGGAACCCGGAGGUUUUUCAGGUCAAGACUGACGUUUCGGCCGUCGCGGCGGCAACGUCGCAGCGGUGAAAAAGGCAUCACAAGGAUGUUUGUUCAUUUCAGUGAUCCUAGAGUUAGAAGAGGUAGUGAGAUUAAUUGUGCCAUGUUCGAUGAAUAUACACAGCAACUGUACACUUAGAGUUA